CGUAGACGACAGGUAUUUCGUAAAAUCAGUGAAGCGUAAAACUCAAGUUCUUCCUUCUACUUUCGUUUUCUUUUCCUCGCUACUGAAGAAAAUGAUACCGAAUUGUAUCAGGAAUGCGAUCGCACAGUCGUCUCGACGAAACGUAGCUUCAUUUUUUUUAAGCAAGAAAAAUAAUUAUGCCACUGAAGCUUUCUUUGAGACCAAGCCCUAUCGUCUGCACAAAUUGGAUUCAGGUCCUUCCAUUAAAGUUACUGUCACUAGAGAUGAAGCCAUUGAGCUAUUUAAGCAGCUACAUAUGAUACGUCGCAUGGAAACAGCUGCUGGCAAUUUGUACAAAGAAAAAAUCAUCCGUGGUUUCUGCCACUUGUACUCUGGACAAGAAGCUUGUGCAGUUGGCAUGAAAGCUGCUAUGAGACCUCAGGACUCUGUAAUCACAGCUUAUCGUGCACAUGGCUGGACAUAUUUGAUGGGCAUAGACACAUUCGGUGUCAUGGCAGAACUCACAGGCAAACAAGGUGGCAAUGCUAAGGGAAAGGGUGGUUCCAUGCAUAUGUAUUCGAAGAACUUCUACGGAGGGAACGGCAUCGUCGGUGCUCAGGUGCCACUGGGAGUCGGAAUCGCCUUUGCGCAUAAAUACAUGAACACUGGCGGUGUUUGCCUAGCGUUGUAUGGCGACGGCGCGGCCAAUCAAGGUCAGGUGUUCGAAGUGUAUAACAUGGCGAAACUCUGGGAUGUGCCUUGUAUCUUUGUCUGUGAAAAUAAUGGCUAUGGAAUGGGUACCAGCGUGGAUCGCGCCUCAGCGAACACAGACUAUUACACCAGAGGCGAUUAUGUACCUGGAAUAUGGGUGGAUGGAAUGGACGUGUUAGCCGUGAGGGAAGCCACGAGAUUCGCGAUAGACCAUUGCACCUCUGGCAAAGGACCGAUAGUCAUGGAAACUGUGACGUACAGGUACAGCGGGCACAGUAUGUCGGAUCCAGGAACCAGCUACCGCACGCGACAGGAAGUGCAGGAAGUUCGACAGACGCGAGAUCCUCUUACUAGUUUCAAGGAGAGAAUUCUGAAUGCUAACCUCGUCACCGCCGACGAAAUCAAGACGAUAGAGGGUGACAUUAGGAAAACUGUGGACGAUGCUGUGAAAGCCGCCAAAACCGACAAGGAAAUUCCCUUGAGCGAACUCACUGCCGACAUUUAUACGACGUGCCUAGAAAAAGGAAUUCGUAACACGACCCCUUUCAAUCCUUUAUCACAUACCAGAUUAGGGCCAGCUGUGAACGCUUAAAAUUGCUCAAACAUCGUUUUAUAAAGCAUUGUAUAUUUUACAGUCACGUAUCAUCCUCCCCUUCUCAGUGUCCUUAGUGAGAUAGAUAGAUAAGUUUAUAGAUCAAUGUAGAACAAUGUACAUGUUUUACAUAAGAUUCUUUUUAAUUCAAGGAUUUAUUUUAUUGAGAAGGAGUGGGUGCUGAUGACGGUUUAAUUUGAGUACAAUUCUCGCACAUAAACGCGGUGCUCCAACGUAUACGUUUUAUAUUAGACUAUCUGCUUAAAAAAAACAAUCUUCGAGGCUCGAAUGUAUUUAUUUCCAAUAAGCAGAAGUUACUACGAAGAUCCUGUACAAUGUGCGCCUAAAGAUCUGAGCCGUCUGUUAAUGUGUUAAGGCUCCUUCCACUUCGCCGGUCAUGUCAGAUUUGUGACGUCAGAAGCGAGGAAUGACAUGCUGACGAAAGUUGCGUGCCAUUUCUGAACAAAAGUAAAUAUAGAUAAAGAGUAAUUGAGAUUGAUUGCUUGAGCGCAUCUGUAAAGUUAUCCGAAAGGUGUUCCUUUCCUUUGAUGAUCAGUAAAUAGUUAUAUAAUAAAUGGUGAAAUGAGACACAUGAAAUGAUAAAAUAACUCAGUUUUGUCUGCAUGCUUCAUUUCAUCAUUUAUUAUGCGAUUACUUAUAAAUCGUUAGAGGAAAAGGAUACUUUUUGGAUAAGUAUGCUCAAAUUAUCUCAAGUGCUUUAUCUUUAUCUAGAAAUAUCUAUAUCUUUAUUUAGAAAUGGCACGCAACUUUUUCGUCGUUCCUCGCUUCUGACGUCAUAAAUUCAACACGGCCGCGGCAAAGUACAAGGAAUUUUAAUAUAAAAGUGAAUGUAAAUAGCGUAAGAAAACAAAGAAAUAAAAAUUUGUUAACAGAUACUCUCAA